AUGCUAAGCUUUCAAGAUUAAAUGAUUUAAUAAAAUAACUAUUUAGAAAAUUAAGACAUAAAAUCUAAGAUUAUUAUCAAAGGAACAUCUAAAGUAGAAAUAAACUUAUAAAGUGAAAAUGAAGAUAUUAGUUUUCAUUAUACAAAUUAAUCAAGUGAUCAAUUUAAUCUUAUCUUGUAAUAAGCAAUUUUUGAAUUAAUUCAUAGGAUUGAAUUAGAGGAAGUACACAAAAUAUAAAGAGAUUUUUUAAUCAAGUAAUUAAUCAUAUAUUUAUAAGACUCGUCUUGAUAUGCUGA